AUGACCAGGAGAGAAGUUAAGCUAAAGGUAGACAUGGAAGGAGUAUUGAAUGCAUGCAAAUCUAUUGAUAAAGAAUGUGUUGAAGAUGUAUAUACUAUGUAUUAUAGCUCUUCUGACACUCUACUAAGAUUUGUGAAAAAACUGAAAGUUAUACUCAGUAAUAAUAUAAAAAUAGAAAGUAAGUACAGUGAAGAAGAAAACAAAGCUGUUUUAGACAUAAUUAUGAAUGAUAUAUGCCAGUAUCUUAUAAAUGCUGCAUGUGGACUGGGAGAAAUUACAUAUAAGUUAUGUAUUGCAUUAAAGAAUAGUAAUGAUAAAAUAUCAAAAAAAAUGAUUGCUAUAAUAGCAAAUGACCUCAUAAAACCAAAUUCAUUUAUAUACAGGCCAGAGCAUGGAAUAAAUAUGCAGUUUGACAAGGACAAGCCUCUAGAAAAUAUAGAUCCAGAUGACGAGAAUGCAGACCUGAGCGUCAGAACAUACACACUAGAGGUUGACAGUACAGGGUUUACUAGUAUGGAAAGUUUUCUGCAGGCCUCUGCAGAGAGACUGGAUGCAUAUAAUCUCUAUUAUUUUUCUGCUUUAGAUGACUUAAAUUUCACGAACGAUUCUAACUUAUUAAUAGAGAAAUACUAUAGUUUAAGUGAGCUAUAUACUAAAACAUAUAAAAAUACAGAUGUUCUAUUGAUAGACUAUGGAACAAGACUUGUUUAUGAAAAACAGAAAGAAAUUGAAGAGUUGAACAAGCUAAUCGAAGAGAUAAACUGCACUUCUGAUGAUAAGAAAAAGGAUAGUUUGAUUUUGCAAAUUUAUAAGUUGUUUAGUCGAAAAGACUUAGGAAUAAUAUAUUCUAUUAUAAAUAAUCUACGAGACAUUCGAUAUGAAAAAUCAGUACAAAUUAAUGCAAUUAAUAUGGUUGAAUACAUGAUAAACAAUAAUGUAUUUCUAGAAGAAAAAGAUGGAGAAAAGAUUUUAAACAUCGGCACUAAUUUAUAUGAUUUUUAUAAAAACUAUAUAAAUUCUAGUAUAUAUUUUAGAGAAUUAUUAGAAGAGAAAAGGAAUAAGAUAAAGAAGGAAAAAGAGUUAUGUCUACAAGAGUUGGAAGAUGAGAAAGCGCUUUAUUCUCAGUUAAAAGAAGAAGAGACAGAAGAGAUCGAAAAAGUAAAAUGUGCUAUCAAUAAUAUUGAAAAUGAGAUACAUCUGCUAGAGUGUGAUGAUGAAAAAGAAUAUAUCAUAGGAAAAUAUAUUUUUGCAGGUAUACUUCAAAAGAGUGAGAAUCUCCGAUAUAAUCUAGUCACUGAGCAAAUAAAAUAUAUAUUCAAGAAAAUUGAAGCAUUUGCAAAUGCACAGAAAAUAAAAACAAGAGAAGCAGUGAAAUUGCAUAAAAGAAAUGAAAAAUUAGAAGAGCUAGAAGAGAAAGAAACUAAAGAAUCAGAGGAGGAGAAAGAGAGAGUAGAAGCAGAGCCUAAGUCCUUAUUUAGAAGACUUAUUAGUGAAAAUGGCAAAGUUGCAACAAUAUUCACGGGCACUGUCGCUCUGGGUGUAGCAACAGCAGCAACGCUUAAUAACUACUAUUCAAACGAGUCUGUGGAAAAUUCAAGUCCGUCAAACUUUAAAGCAGCAAGAUCAGGAAAGCUGAAGAAUGAUUAG